GCUAAGUGAGUGCCCCAACAGGGGUUCGCCUCUCGUGGCCAGAAAUGUUCUAACCUGAGAGACAGAUCCAGACGUACAGAAGCAGCAUACUACUAAAGGACUAAGUAAGGACUAGGACUUUGGAUGCAUUAAGUGUGCUAGUGCUGAACUGGAACAAAAGACUGCACUCCAAGACCAGGGCAGCCAUGUCGGUUUCUCAGAUCACCCCCACCCUGUUCCUGAGUGGCGCAGACGCCCCCCUCAACCAGGCCCUGGUCUCCCGCAAGGGCAUUACCCUCAUCGUCAAUGCCACCCUCAACCACGUCUGCCCAGUCUACCCAGGCGUGGAGUGCCUGCGUGUGCCCGUCUCCGACCUGCCCAGCGCCCGUCUGGGCGACCACUUUGACCGUGUGGCAGAGCGCAUCCACAGCAACCGGACUGGUGGUACGCUGGUGCAUUGUGCGGCUGGCAUGAGCCGCUCGCCGGCCCUGGUCAUAGCGUACCUAAUGCGCUACCGGGGCGUGACUCUGUGCCGGGCCCACGCAUGGGUGCAGGAGAGUCGGCCGUACGUACGACUCAACGCGGGUUUCUGGGCGCAGCUACUAGAGUUUGAGAAGAGGCUCUAUGGGAAGAAUACGGUUAAGGUGGCAGCGCCCAUGCCGCCUGUGAAGCCGCCCCUGUCGCCAUGGACACUGCGGUCAUCAUGGACACAGCGGUCACCACCGCUGUUGCCCAGGUCCCCAUUGUUGUCGUCUAUAUCGCAGGCCAAGAAGUUGAAGAAGGGUAGGCUUGUAAGGAAAUAGUAGAGGAGGGAAGUUUGCUUUUCUGUUUGAAGAUGUGAGGGAAGAACUUACAGCCCUACUGCCUGAGGAUUUAAACCAAGGAAGCAGGCAUGUCCCCUGUCAUGAUUUGAUAAGGGAAAUAUAGUACAAUAAUAAUCUUUAUAUAUAUGUACACUGAACCAAAAUAUAAACACAACAUGCAACAAUUUCUAAGAUUUUACUGAAUUUCAGUUCAUAUAAGGACAUCAUUCAAUUUAAAUAAAUUAAUUAGGUCCUAAUCUAUGGUUUUCACAUGACUGAGACUACCGAUAUGCAUCUGUUGGUCACAGACACCAUAAAGAAAGGUAGGGGCGUGAAUCAGAAAACCAGUCAGUAAAUGGUGUGACCAUGUUUUGCCUCAUGUAUCACGACAGAUGAGUUGAUCAGGCUGUUGAUGUCUGGUGAGUAUUGUGUACACAUUCUUGCGACAUGGAGCCAGCCGUGCCUUAUCAUGAGAUGAUGGCGGCAGAUGAAUGCCAUGACAAUGGGCCUCAGUAUCUCGUCACGGUAUCUCUGUGGGUGGUUUCAAAUCGCAAUUGAUAAAAUGCAAUUGUGUUUGUUGUCCAUGGCUUAUGCCUGCCCAUACUAUAACCCCACCGCCACCAUGGGGAACUCUGUUCACAACGUUGAUAUCAGCAAACCGCUCGCCCACACGACUCAAUACACACUGUCUUCCUGGUACAGUUGAAACCAGGAGUCAUCCGUGAAAAGCACACUUAUCCAGCGUGACAGUGUGAGCAUGUGCCCACUGAGGUCAGUUUCAACGCCGAACUGCAGUCGGGUAAAGAUCCUGGUGAGGGCGACGAGCACGCAGAUGACCCUGACACAGUUUCUUACAGUUUGUGAUGUAAUUCUUCAGUUGUGCAAACCACCAGAUUAAUCAGCUGUUUGGGUGGCUGGUCUCAGACGAUGCUGUAGGUGAAGAAGAUGGUUGUGGAGGUGCUGGACUGGCUUGGCUACUAGUUGUCUGCGGUUGGGAGGCUGGUUGGACUUACUGCCAAAUUCUCUAAAACGGUGGUGUAUGUUAGAGAAAUUGUCUGGAAACAGACAUUCCUGCAGUCAGCACACCAAUUGCACGUUCCCUCAAAACUUCAGAUAUCUGUGGCAUUGUGUUGUGUGACAAAAGUGCACAUUUUAAAGUGGCCUUUUAUUGUCCCCAGCACAAGGUGUAAUGAUGAUCAUGUUGUUUAGUCAGCUUCUUGAUAUGCCACACCUGUCAGGUGGUUGGAUUAUCCUGGCAAAGGAGAAAUGCUCACUAACUCACUAUAAAGUUGUGCAAAAAAUUGAUAUAUUUUAGCUCAUGAAACAUUGGACCAACACUACAUGUUGCGUUUAUAUUUUUUGUUCAGUGUAUACAGUGCCAGUCAAAAGUUUGGACACAUCUGCUCAGUCAUAGGUUUUUCUUUAUUU